CUCCCUGGACAACACAUCAUGCAAAGGCUGACUACAAAAAGGGAAUUGUGAGGAAGCUUGCAAAGACUAAGUACACUAUAGUUUUGUUGUUUCAUUGCUGCUUGCAAGUCUGUAUGCUGUGUGAAGACAGCGAUUUCUUCGAUAGGCAAACAUGGUGGACUUCACUGCAGCGACACGUAUUCAGAGGGAAUUUCGAGAUGUGAUGAAAAGCAAGGAGUGUGCUGAUUCCAACAUCAAGAUCGUGAUGCUGAACGAUAACUAUUCUGACCUCCGAGGCGAGUUUCUUGGCCCACCGGAUACCCCAUUUGCAGGUGGCACGUUCAAUCUUGAGAUUCGAAUCCCCGAUGGGUAUCCGUUCGAGCCUCCAAAGGUACGCUUUACUACGCGUAUUUGGCACCCCAACAUCAGCUCAGCGACGGGUGCUAUUUGCCUGGAUAUUCUGAAAGACCAAUGGGCAGCGGCAAUGAACCUUCGUGUGGUGCUGUUAUCAAUACAGGGCUUGUUAGCAUCACCAGAGCCUGAUGAUCCGCAAGAUGCAGUUGUAGCCAAGCAGUACAAGCAAUGCAAACCCAUGUAUAGUGACACAGCCAGGUAUUGGACAUGCGCGUACGCUGGAGGUCCCCAGGAUGGAUUCGACUAUGGCACCUUCUCCUCCAAAGUACAGCGGAUGAUGGAGAUGGGAAUAAGUGAGAGUAACGCUGUCGCGCAGCUUUCAGCAUACAACUGGAACCUAGAGCAUGCCAUCGGCGCCUUGUUCAGCUAGGUCAUGGUAAAGGUCCGCCACCCUUGCGGGAGCCCUGCAUCCAUAUGUAUAUACAGGCAGGUGUAGUAGUCAUGUAUGCCACCCUUGCGGGAGCCCUGCAUCUAUAUAAUAUUAUAUAUACAGACAGAUGUAGUAGUCAUGUAGCUGCUGGUAGAUCUCAUCUUCGGACAUACUGUACAUACGCUGUCUAGCCGAAGGUGUUGAGUUGCGUCUUUCCUGUUGACCGUGCACCACUCCGGAUCUAUCUCCAACCCACUGCCAUGCCAGACACACUGCCAUGCCAGAGCUGCAGGCACGUCACAGUAACAGUAUCGCCCGGCGGUGCACGCUCUAUGUUCCUCUUCUGCUUUGGCUUGCGAGACAUGGCGGCGUUCCCAGUGACGCCUAUGGAAUCUGUCUUCCACCCACUGAGUGCUGCGCGUAGUCACGUCCGUACAGUGCAGUCACUUGAGCAAGCAACGGUUAUGACAUUCGUUUUGCGGCGAUUGGUUGAUGUAGUCGUGCUGUGUCCGGUGAAGUGGUACAGGAUUGGGAAACUGCAUACGUGUGGCCCGUCCUCUCCAGGAGUACUGUGUUGUGCCAUGGCACAUGUGUGUAUGUGCGUGUUUGUGUGUGUUUGUUUGUGUGUGUGCGCGCGCGCGCGCUCUAGCUCGGUAAUACGCUGUUUUCCCGCCACGCAUGCAGUACGCUGUUUUCCCUCCACACAUGCAGUACGCUGUUGUCCCUCCACGCAUGCAGUAGGCCUGUGCUGUGUUCCUUGUUGCUUUGUCUGGUCGUUGCGCCGGUGUUGUUGACUUGUGUAUCUUCCUGUUAGCUGAUUGUUGCCACGCUUAUACGUACAUGUGUUCCGUUCAGUGAGUGUUGGACUACUUGCCGGGACAUGUCGCCCAAAGUACACGAGUCUGUACACCAUCACCAUAACUAUGUUCUCGUCUAUUCUAUUUUUAUUUUAUUUUUAUACGGUCGCUGUACCACACAAUACUACGAAAGCGCAGACUCUGGUGCGGACACUGAUCUGAUUCCAUUGUGUUUGACUAGUUGCUUCUCUCAACUGCACUAUACUUAUACGCACUGAUAACCCAGUCUCUGACUUGAAAACACGUGCACACGCACACACACGCACACACACACACACACACACACACACACACACACACACACACACACACACACACACACACACACACUCUCUCUCUCUCUCUCUGAUUUUUCUACUACUUGUAGUUUCUCAGGAUACUGAUUGCCUUGUUCUGCCGUUGUUGCCUGGCUUGCACGGAUAAUUUGGGAACUGCAUGGUUGCG